CCCGCCCCUUCCCCGCCGCGGUUAUGGAGGCUGCGGCUGCAGGGAUCAAUUCCAUCUUCAUGUGUAAGCUUUGUAACUUAUUUUCACCAAAUCAAUCCGAACUAUUGUCUCACGUCUCUGAGAAGCAUACAGAAGAAGGGACCAAUGUGGAUGACAUCAUUAUUCCGCUCCAACCGCUAACAGUACCCACAAACGUAAACAAAGAUGGAGAAGAGCUUCUUGUAGUGAAGAGGAAAAGGGGCAGACCAAAAGGGUCUACUAAGAAGUUUUGUGUAGAUGAAGAUGUGGCAGAAAAUAACCCUGUUCCAAGUGAAGAAACUCCGCCUGGGACAGAAGAAGGACCGGAACUGUCUGAAGUCUCACCAGGCAGCUUGGAAUGUAAGAAAUGCAAUCGGAAGUUCUCCAACACACGUCAGCUGAGGAAACAUAUCUGCAUUAUUGUUUUAAAUGAAGGAGAGGAAGAAGGAGAUGGAGGUAAUGAUUCUGACGUUGACCUUGACAGGAAGGAAGAUGAACGAGAAAAAACUCCAAAGAGGCCCAGAGUUCAGAAAACAGAGAAAACUGCAUCAACUAAGGAGACUGAACAGGUUUCAGGAGCUAAAAAUCCUAUUAUAAGUGUGGUUUUGACAGCCCAUGAAGCUAUUCCAGGAGCCACAAAAAUUGUUCCCGUUGAGGCUGCUCCCCAAGAAAGUGAACCUACAACUCCAGAGGCAACAGUUCAAGAGCCAUCACAACGAAGAGGAUAUCAAGAAUAUGCCAUUCAGCAAACCCCAUAUGAACAGGCAAUGAAAUCAAGCAGGUUGGGUCCAACUCAACUGAAGAUUUUUACAUGUGAAUACUGUAACAAGGUGUUCAAAUUUAAACACUCCCUUCAAGCACAUCUGAGGAUUCAUACAAAUGAAAAACCUUACAAGUGUUCAUACUGCAGUUAUGCCAGUGCAAUCAAAGCGAACCUUAACGUUCACAUGCGGAAACAUACAGGGGAGAAGUUCAGCUGCGAUUAUUGUACGUUCACUUGUCUCAGCAAAGGACAUCUCAAAGUCCAUAUUGAAAGAGUUCACAAGAAAAUUAAGCAGCAUUGUCGCUUCUGCAAAAAGAAAUACUCAGAUGUUAAAAAUUUGAUCAAGCAUAUCAAGGAAACACAUGACCUUCAAGAUAAAAAGGUGAAGGAUGUUUUUGAUGAGCUUCGCUUGAUGACACGAGAGGGCAAAAGACAACUUCUUUAUGACUGCCAUAUUUGUGAACGCAAAUUCAAAAAUGAACUUGAUCGAGACCGUCACAUGCUUGUUCAUGGUGAUGAAAGACCCUUUGCUUGUGAGCUCUGUGGUCAUGGAGCCACUAAAUACCAAGCCCUUGAGCUUCAUGUUCGAAAGCACCCAUUUGUAUACGUGUGUUCUGUGUGCCUGAAGAAAUUUGUCAGUUCUGUAAGACUCCGUGCUCACAUCAAAGAUGUGCACGCAGAUUUGCAGGAGACGUCUGUUUUUAACAGUUCUAUCAAUCAGAGUUUCUGCCUGCUUGAACCAGGAGGUGAUAUCCAGCCAGAAGCCCUUGGUGAACAGCUAGCACAAAGUGCAGAUGAAUUGACUAUCAUGAGUACUAAUGCUAUGAACACACCACAACCAUCUGCUGGUAAAGGUGAAUCAACAGCUGCAGAUGUAAACCAUAACGGUCAACAUAAUGGUGACUUAAAAAUUGAUACGGUCCCUUCCUUAGAAUUUGAAAAUCCUCUGGUGGAGAAUGUAACAGAGACGCUGUGUCAGACAGCAGACAUAGCAGUCCCAAACAUUCAAUCCUGUGUAGCAUCAGAUUGCUUUCUGCUGAAAAAUGGUACUUCUGGUCCUGAUAAGUUAAAAGUUUCUCCUGCAAAUGAAGAGGAAGUUAAUCACUGCAGUUCUGUAAAUGAGCAGGGUGAAGAAAUUCAGCUUUUGCUGUCUGAAGACAAAAGUUUAAAUCCGAGUCAGAACAAUACAAUGACUGAGAACCUUUCAGUCUCUGAAGAGAGAAAUCAAUCUGCUCCUUCUAGUGAAUCAGAAACAAGCAAUCUGCCAAUUCAAAAUUCAGCAGAAACCACAACCCCUUUGCCAGCACCAGAAGCUAACGCAGCCAUCAGUCCACAGGCAGCCUCUUCUAAUGCAGUUACAUCAGACAGUGGGAGUGGAGCUGUUGCCUUUAUGCAGAUCUUGGAUAGCUUGCAGAAGAGACAAAUGAACACAGAGUUGUGUGAGAGGAUAAGGAAGGUUUAUGGAGACUUAGAAUGUGAAUACUGUGGCAAGUUGUUUUGGUACCAAGUGCAUUAUGACAUGCAUGUUCGUACGCAUACUCGAGAACAUUUAUAUUACUGCUCCCAGUGCAAUUAUUCUUCCAUCACUAAGAACUGCCUUAAGCGUCACGUCAUUCAGAAACACAGUAAUAUUUUGCUGAAAUGUCCCACAGAACAUUGCGACUACUCUACUCCAGAUAAAUACAAGCUCCAGGCACAUCUUAAAGUUCACACAGAACUGGAUAAAAAGAGUUAUUCCUGUCCUGUGUGUGAGAAGUCAUUUUCUGAAGAUCGACUUAUAAAAUCUCACAUCAAGACAAAUCACCCUGAGGUUUCAAUGACUACUAUUUCUGAGAUUCUUGGCAGAAGAGUUCAGCUGAAAGGACUUAUUGGAAAACGAGCUGUGAAAUGUCCGUACUGUGAUUUUUAUUUUAUGAAGAAUGGAUCAGACCUUCAACGUCAUAUUUGGGCUCAUGAAGGUGUCAAACCCUUCAAAUGUUCUCUCUGUGAGUAUGCCACUCGCAGCAAGAGUAACUUGAAAGCCCAUAUGAAUCGUCACAGCACUGAGAAGACGCACCUUUGUGAUAUGUGUGGGAAAAAGUUCAAAUCAAAAGGCACUUUGAAGAGCCAUAAACUCCUUCAUACUGCUGAUGGAAAGCAGUUUAAAUGUACAGUGUGUGACUAUACAGCUGCCCAAAAACCACAGCUCCUACGUCAUAUGGAACAACAUGUCUCUUUCAAGCCUUUCCGUUGUGCACAUUGCCACUAUUCCUGCAACAUAUCUGGUUCCCUGAAGAGGCAUUACAACAGAAAGCAUCCUAAUGAAGAGUAUGUAAAUGUAGGUUCUGGGGAGCCUGCAGCAGAAGCCCUUAUCCAACAAGGUGGCAUUAAGUGUCCUGUUUGCAGCUUUGUGUAUGGUACAAAAUGGGAGUUCAACAGACAUCUUAAAAACAAGCAUGGAAUGAAGCUAGUGGAACGUGAUGGGGAGACCAAGUGGGAGUUAACUGCUGAAGUUUCUGAAGAAGGAUCCACUCAGUAUCUCCAUAUCACAGAGGCUGGAGAAGACGUUCAAGGCACUCAAGCUGCUGUAGCUGCGUUACAGAACCUUAGAUACACUUCUGAGAAUGGUGAAAGACUUGAUCCAACAGCUGUUAACAUCCUGCAGCAAAUCAUUGAGUUGGGUUCGGAAACCCAUGAUGCCACUGCAGUUGCUUCUGUAGUUACCAUGGCACCUGGCACUGUGACAGUGGUAAAGCAGGUAAAAGAAGAGGAGCAAUCAGCCAAUCACACAUUGAUGAUUCAAGAGACACUGCAGCAGGCUUCAGUGGAGCUGUCUGAACAGCAUCACUUGGUCGUCUCAUCAGAUGAAGUGGAGGGAAUUGAGACAGUGACUGUGUAUACGCAGGGUGGAGAGGCUUCAGAAUUCAUAGUUUAUGUUCAGGAAGCUAUGCAGCCUGUAGAAGAACAAACUGUGGAACAAUCGGUGCAGGAGCUCUAGAGAACAGUGUUGAAAGGAGAUGGCUACUUGAUUUGCCAAAGCCAAAAGUUUGGGGUUUUUUUCCUAGCCAAAAGCAAGCAAGCUGACAAAUUUUCAGGUAAUUCGUGAAGCGAGACCUUGUUACUAGGUAGGGAUCUGACUGGCUGGAUUGUAUCAGUAACUUAGACGUAUUAUGUACAAAACCUCCUCAGACUUUUUUUUUCUAGAAAAUGUUCAUAUUUGCAGGAAAAAGUAUUCUUCCCCUUCUUACAAGAUCUCUCACCUGAUUCCUGUAAAACCCCACAAAUAUUGUCUGUUCAAAACCGUGUUAUCGCACAAUGAUAAAACAUCUAUAAAGGUAGCUGUCUAGAUGUCUAGAGUGUCUAGAAAGUCCACACCUCCCAUUUUAUACGUGCUUAAUGUGUGCUUGGCUUGACUGGAAGCAGAGUUGUUUUUUCUUUAAAUUAGAAGGUCUUCUUAUUUCUGAGUACAUGCUUAGAAUGUGUUUGCCGAGUUGCGGAUCUAACCCAAACAAAGGCUCAAGGCUUUAAUUAGAAACAUACCACAGAUGGACUGUAGUUUCUACUUGUGAGAUGAUCCUUUGAGUUUGGGAGGUAUCUAAAGCCAUAUACGAUAAUUCUGGGUACCAGUAGGGUGACUGUUAUCUAGUUAAUUGAAUAAUGAUAACUCUUUCCAUCCCACUGGAUAAAUACUUGUCCAGUACUAUAUGAUGAAACCAAAUCUGUCGAAUGAAAUAUUCUUUUGUUUUUAAGAAAAAAAUUAUAUUGAAAUUAUUUGUAAAUGCUGUAAAAGGUGUAUGUUCAUAUCUUUUAAACAGACAUGCUUGUAAAUAUGAUUGUGUGAAAGAACUUGUACAAAAAAAUUAAGUAAAUAUUGACAAGAAUCUAGAUAUUCUUAAUUAUGCAUGUAUAUAGUUCCAGAUUUUUCUUCAUGAAUCUUGAAUUGUUUCUGAUGUAAUAUUUUUAAAUUUGAUCUAUAAAAGUUAUUA